CCAGUCUUGCGCCAUCUGCAGUUUGUACGUGAACAGUCAAUAAUGCAAAAUGCUCGCCAAACUCAAAUUUCUUCGACAAGAAGAUAAAGCUUUACAAGAGAUUGAAACGAAGCUCCGGGCUCAACUUAAUCGUUUGAAGCAAGAGGAACGCGUCUUAAGACGCCAAAUGAGGAAAACUCAUGAAAGAAGCUUGAGUGAGGAUGAUCAGGAAAAUGUAAAGGAACCAGAGGCACACGUGGAUGAUGAAAUAAUCAAUCAAGAACCAUUGGAAGAUCUCAAUGAGAGAGCAACCUCCAUUCUACAAAUGUGUCAGGCCCAAUACAUGGAAGAAAAGAUAGAUACAGAGGAAGAAGAAGAGGAGGAGGAGGAUGAAAUCGAAGAAGAGAACGCUGGUGAUAUGGAUGGGGGAGUUGAAGAUGAAAUUGGAGCAGAGUAUAAAAAGCUCUUUAAAGAGAUGAGAGCUGAAGUGGACUACGAAGACGAGUUUGAAGAUUGUUGAGUGAAGGUUUUGUACGGAUAACUUGUGAAACCAUCGUCAUGCAAGUCGAGGAAGUCAAGGGUUGAGGAUCAACAUGCUCUUAGAGCAGAAAGCAGGAAAGGAAGCAAAAAUGUUAUCAGGAAAGAGUUGACGAAACAUGAGUGAAGUCAACUCUGUGACAUAAGUCUGUAUUGAAGUCCAGUUUAACUUUGGCCAUGGUUUAACUCUCUGCUGAAAUGGUGGGAAGCCGAAUUCCUGCUCUUCAUCAUGAAAAGAUUGGGCUACUAUGAAUCAUAAAAAUACUGGGGUUUGGGGCCCCGAUUCAGCCCUUUUAUGACUUUGACCAUUGACCAUGUUACACAUGCUGCCAUACUUUGGCAAAAGGAAGCAAGUUACAAAAGUAUAAUUUGUUGUAAAUGAGCAAUGUGUGUUUGUCUUUUACAGAGGCAUCAAUGCAAUUUAACAGCAUAUUUUCUUCAAUAUAUUCCCAUAGAGUGAUCAUCUCUUCCCCCGGGGGGGCCACUUACAUUGACGAGUGGAUACCAUGCGCGACCAAAAAAACACGUAAAAAGGAUGUCUUUUUCACGAUAGGGCACGUUACGUACGUAGGCGUGAUAAGGGUGUCAAAAUCACAAAAAUAAUGAAAAAAGGGUAUCUAUUUCGCUAGGAAAAUUACGUGUUUAGGGUCGAAUUUGCGGGGAUGAUAAAAUAAAAUUAAAAUGUUUUAUAAAGGAUGUCCUUUUUGCCCCAACACUUCGUGUUUAGAGUCCGAUUUGCGCGAGGUGUAGAAGGUGGGGUCGUACUAAACCAAAUAAAUUAAAGACGAAGACCGAAGGACCCGUAACAAUAAAACAUUCCUGUACUUGUUUAGGGGUUCAUUUCAGGAAAUAUUUGCCAAGAGUAUCGUUUUAUUUCCAAUACUUGUUAAGGGUAGGGUUUUAGACGCCAAUACUUGUUAAGGGGUGCAUUUUCAGAAUAUGGAAAUUACGUGUUUAGGGUGCUUUUUGAGACCCCAUGGUCGCGCAUGGUAUCCACUCGUGAAUGGAAGUGGCCCCCCCCCCGGGUCUCUUCCCCAAAUUUUGCCCGAACGUGCAACAUACAAAGGGUGUUUCAGAAACAACAAUAACUCAAACUUGACUGAUGUGUCACUUGCUACCUUUUGCCCAGGUUGGGCAGCAUGGGCCAUGGUAUGAUCUACAAAUUCAAAUAAUUAUUCCCAUACUUAUAAAUUAUUCAAGUGUCAAUAAGGUGAUAAAGUAAACCUGUACUGUUUUUAUGUCACAAAAGGCUAUCAAUAUUUCUUCCAUAAAUUUUGGUGAGUUUGUAUUUUGUGUCAAACUCUGCGAUUGACAUUGAUGCUUUCACGUCAACUAGUUCAGCAUUAAAUGACACAACUCAUCCAUUAUUUGUGCGGGAAAAUGAAAUUUCUACUACAGGUGCUUAUGUGUCUGCAAGUAAUUGAACUCAAUCAAUGCUAUUGUUAAGAAAGAUGAGGUUUAAUUUAAAAUAUUUCAGCCACUUCUUGGUCAAACUUGCUCUUGACAGGGCCGUUGUGGAAAGCAGUUUUGAAACUGACAAUGCCACCCUGUAUAAAUAUGACUACCUACAAAUAAAUAAAUAAAAUGUGGAUAUAUUCUUUAGUAAUUCAAGAUCAUAUCCUAUUAUGGACUCAAUUUCACUCUAGCUGACAAAGCAUUGAAGAACUAUAGCAUCAUCUCUCCCAGUGCUAGCCUUCCUGUUUAAGAUCAACAGUAGUGUAAUUCAUUUUGAUAUUAGGAUAUAUCAUGAAUAUAUUUCAAUGAGGGAAAUAAGUCGAGAUAAGAUUAUGAUAGGUCAUUCAUUUUCCCCAUUUGUUAUCACGGUUUCUGAUUUACCAAACAAUGCAUGACUGAAAGAAAAUGUUCAGUAAAUUCAGUUACUUUUUUUUUCUUUUAGUGUUGGUCAUUCCCAAUAUUAUGUACAUUGCAUGAAAAGAAAUCAAUGUUGAGCAAGUCUCAAACUGAGGGCAGUUUGUGAGCUUAAGAUUCUGUCAGAAUCUAAGUUGGCUUUCGAAUAUUCCAAUUGAUGUUCUGAUUUUUGCACAACUAAAUAUCAUAUUUGCAAUUGUGCAUGAAAUAAGUUUGACCUGACCAUAUCAGACAGUGAUUGUGUUACUGUAUGAGAUAAGUUUAUUUUUCUACCAUGGCAUUCUUCAAACAAUUACGGAGCUUUGGAAAUUGUAGAGAAAGGAUAAACAAGUUUGGAAUGAAAUGUCUCAUUUGGAAAUGAAAGCUCUUUCUGUGCUGUAUUAGAAAGCAAGUAACGUUUAAGAAAGAAGAGGGCCCGAGAGUCUUUGUCAAGGAGUUUUGUCUCUGGCUGAGGGCAAAUUUGUCAGUAAAAAUCAAACAAGCUGGUUCUUAAUAUGCUUAUUAUGCUACAAUGUAAAUUUGUGUAAAAUAAGGUAAAAAGGGUUUAA